AAAUCAUCAUCAAAACCAAGAGAAACUACUAGAACAAUCCGAGGGCAUUUCUAUCAGCAAGAAAAGACCUCAGUUCACUUCACUGGGGGGGAAUUAAUAAAAAAAAAGUCAAGAAGAGAAAUAAUUUAGGGUUUCGAAGCUCGUCAUAAGAGAAGAAGAUGAACCCCUAUCCGUCGACAUCGGACGCCAUGGAGACCGACGCGGCGAUCGCGGGCCCCAGCACCGCCGGCGCCGGCGAUGCCCGAGGGCAGCAAGCUCAGGCCUUUGAGAGCGCGUGGUCGAUGCUCUCCACGGCUCGCCAGCUCAUCGAUCAGGGCAAGCCUUCUCUCGCUCUGCAAGCGGUAAUGGCGGCUAUGAAAUCUCGAGGAGGAGAGAACGCUGUGUUCCAUACUCUUCAGCGUGCUCGCGAGCUCUACAGGAACAAAAUCCAUGAGAACGCUGCAGCAGACGAGCUGGCCUCCUUGUUUGCAGAGUGUGCUAUUGCCGAAGCUCAGCAGCCUUCAAACCCUAACAAUCCACUAGUACCGCAGCCACCUCAUCCUCCUGAUGAGCUGCUGGAUGCUGCUGCUAAUGAUUCUUCCAUACUCGCUAUGAGCGGCAGGAAGCAGAUCAUGUUGGAUGCCUUUGCAGAUGGAAGCAGUUUCAUUUGUUUGAAUUGUGGAGGUAUUGUUAGUAAUUUUCGGAAGGACGAGCAUUUGGCUUACUGGUGUGGGAAGCAUUGAUGUCCUUGUGUUGGGGUGGGGGGUGGAGAGAGAAAA